UAUGAUCAGGCUGAGCAGGCGAGAGAUAAGCUGUAGUCAGCCGCUUGGCUUUGUUGCAUUUCUUGCACAAUUUUUGGUCGAAACUUGCUUGUUUUUCUCUCGAGUUUCGCUUCGAAGUAACUGUGCUAGUCUUCGUAUCUGUUGGUCUGUAUCGAGUAACGUGCCUUCGACAGGAUUUAGCGAAGUACAAGUCGGAGUUUCGUGUCAUUAGCCGUGUUUAAACUGCCCUGUUGCCACGUGUGUUGGCGGUCUAGGAAGUGAAAAACAGCUGCACUUGGCUCAUAUUUUGCCAAGAGAACUUUCGAAAUACUUCAUUCUUCUACGACGACAAUAACAGAGAGCCUUGGCGGCCUCGGUGAAGCGAGCUUACAGCCUAAAAGGGAAGGCGAAUAUAUCUGUACAAAACACCAAUCGAAUUUGUGGAGAUCAAUUUGUCUGCGUUUUGUCUUGAACUUUUGUCGGUGUCUGCUGUCAUCAUAUAUCGUCUGUAUUGAAUAAAUCUUCGCUGGGUUGCCUAAGCAUCUCUUCUACAAGCAUUACUGGUGGGAUAAACGUUAUAAAAGUAUUGUACCGAGCCGCAUGAGUUCGGCUACGACAAGUUCUAGUGAAGUGGAUAUCGCAAAUUCAAAAAAGUCACCAUUGUCACCUGAGGACCAGCGUGCUCAACUGAAUCCUGAUGCAGCUGUCUUCGAGACUGGAUCAGUGAGCAAAGACUCACUUAAAGAGCCAGAAACUUGGCCUGACCAGGAUCGGAAGGACGACAUGCCCUCUCCUCAAGUAUCGCCGAACAUCGGUGUGGAUGCAGAUAUCAUGGUGAAUGGUGGCGAGCCCAGCGUAUUUGCAGAACCACACAUCGGAGCGCGGCAGAACAUCCCAGAACAUAUAAAGCCAGAUGAGUUGCCUAAAGAUGAGCUAAGAACGCUUGUCCGACAGCAGCUAGAGUACUAUUUCUCAAGAGAAAAUUUGGCUGGUGACACUUACUUGGUUUCCCAGAUGGACAGCGACCAAUAUGUGCUGAUUCAAAUUGUCGCCAAUUUUAAUCAGAUGAAGAAACUCACAAAUGAUAUCGAACUAGUCAAGGAAGCCAUAAAAGAGUCUGCAUAUCUUCAAAUGGACGACUCUUUGACAAAGAUGCGACCUAACGUGAAGCGAUGUAUUGUUAUUUUACGUGAGGUUCCUGAAUCAACCUCCGUUGAGGAGGUAGAGGAACUGUUUAGCGGGGAAGGUUGUCCAAAAUACAUCAGUUGUGAACCGGCAAAUAACAAUUACUGGUACAUUCACUUUGAGUCAGAAGACUGUGCACAAAAGGCGUAUCGAUAUCUGAGAGAGGACAUCAAGACAUUCAAGGGAAAACCAAUUAUGGCAAGAAUAAAAGCCAAGCCUAUACCAAGAGCUGCAUCAAGCUUUGUACAAAAGAAUGGAAUGAGACAGAACAAUGAACCAUCAACAAUUCCAUCAAUGCCAUCGCCUGCAUUUAGAUAUCCUGUUUCCCCAAUGUAUGGAAGUCAGGGUUAUUCAUUUUUCCAACCAGCUGUUAUGCCCCCAAACUGGGCUGCUGGGCAGCCUUACUUUGAUGCAUUGAUUCCAACGAUGCCAAACAAUGCUUAUCACUCUCCACAAAACUUCAAGGGCAACAACCACCAAGGCAACAGACCAUAUUAUCAACAUCCUUUCAAAUCAAGAAAUCAAACGCGCAGUCACCGGGAACCGGACAGGGUUGACAAAGAGGUGGCGUCCUAUGGUCGACCGCGUGCGCACAGCACAAACGGUACCACGAACACAAACACGAGCAAUAGUAACACUAGCAGUAACAACACCACAACAAACAGCGGACCAAAUAAAUCACCAUCGUCGACCAUCUCCGCGAGCAGCUUAAUAAACUGGAGAAGGGAUGACGAACACAGACUCGGUCCAAGAGCGCGAAGAAGACGUGGAAGCAGCGAGGAUAUACGGAUCGGUCGAUCGCCAAUACCUCAGGAACCCCAACGAAGCAAAGAUGACAGCCACUUCAACUUAUCAAACGCCCAAUUCCCACCUCUACCUACGACGAAUACUUUUAAAACUUCCGAUCUUCCUUUGCAAUCUCCGAGCACCAGACAGGACUACAACAAGGUUGCCUCUUCUCCCCCUCUGUCACCUCCGAUAACACCAACAAGCACGCCCCGGGUGACCGAGUCUAAACCAAAGGAAGAAACGAAAGAGAAAACGACGAACGAAACAAUCGAAACGCCCGCCAAAAAAGAGGAGACGAAAAAAACGGAGACGAAGAAAGUCAGCGAGCCUGAGGUGAAUUCCAAGGAUACGGCAAAGGACUCUGCGAAUAUCAGCCCGAAAGACACUGCAAAAGACAAUCCAAAGACGACACAAAACGAUAAAACCAAGGAAACCUCGUUGAAUGAGUCGUCGAAACUGAGUUACGCUCAGAUCGCGCAGAAAAAAGCGAUGCAGAACAAACAGCAAACGAACAUUACGACGGUUUCCACGGUAACGACAAAUACAAACACACAAUCGUAACCGACGAAGGAGUGAUCCUUGUGAGAAAUUCAUCGUGAUGGUCUUGCUGCUCUGUGCGUGCAAGUGAUUGACGCCGUGGCAGCGGUGUGAUAUGGGGAAAAAUCCCAAGUGAAAUGAAAUUUCAGCGUAUAACAGCACCUGUAUCGUGUACAUAUUUAAAGAUCUACAGCAAAAUGCGAUGGGCAAGCGGAUCGACUGGCAGCUUGAACCUGUAAAAAGUCUGUACAUAUACAUAUGAACAUAUAUGUUGUUGAUGUUGGUGAAAGUUUCUUUGUUUGACAUAUUGUAAACUACCACAGCAACGUGAUGCUGUGCUCGGAUGCAAUAUGUAUAAAGCAGUUUAAACAAUUGGUUUACACUUUGGAAAAUUUCUUUCAUCAAAGUAUAUGUUGUGUGAAGUGAAGUGUUCGAGGACGACGCGUCUGAGGCUAAUUUCCGCGCUAGUCUCUGACGUCAUUGCGACGCACUGACCUCAAAACAAAGACUGGUCUGCUACGCGACCAUAUUGGUGUGACAACCGUUUGCGUGAAUACUCUCUAAAGGCAGUAUACAUUCCAAUAUAUAACUCCAACGACGUUUCUCGCUCAAGAAUAUCAUUGCUGUAUUUUGAUUGAAGUUUUUUUCCUGGUGUAAACCUUUCUUAUUUAGAAGAGGACGAUUAUUAAUGUUGCACACAAGUCAUACGCGCUUUAGAAGUAUAGCUGUGAUAAUUAUAGGAUUAUAGAGAUAUGUAAUUAACGUUUGUCCCAUCAUCUUUCUCCUUCACCCAAACCUUUCCGCGAUUAUCCGAUUUCCACCUCACCGACUUCGAAUCCAGUUUUCAUGACUUCCUUGGGCUGGGUUGGGUUGGCAUCAUCGCCAAAACACCCAAGAAUGUUCUAACGUUCUCGAGAUUUUAGUUUAGUUUGAGAGGGAAUAAUUGGAAACAUAAGACGCUAGUUUAAAUAUGAGGCAAACUGAGUCCACCGCGAAAUGGAUCUAGUCUCCAGGAUCAAACAUCACGGGCACUUUUGUCCUUGAAGGGUUGAAGCUGGGCCUCCACAUAACGCCAUUUCCAGUGACACGUGCGCUUCCUUUAAUGACAAGGAAAGCACGGUUACUUUACCUCUGUACAUAAUCCUUAAAACCCUUCACUAAUUUGCACUGGACCAAUCGCCUUUAAAACUAAAUUUUGCAGUGGGAAGAUUCAUUAGUACCUGCGUUAAACGUUAUUACGUUUAGCGUGCUUCGGCCUCGUGACUUCCUGAUUUUCCUAGGUUUAAAAUUUACAUGUAGUUUUUGUAGGGAAAAUGGUCCAUUGCGAAAUGAUUUCCAAAUGUUUUCCUGUGCAAUAGUAAUCGUCGCUUGGUUAUAUAAUUGUUGAAAAUAGCGACUAUUUUUGAUUCGAAAACAAUAAUUUAUAAAAAUGCUAUUGUAUGCCAUAAUUAAAGACGAUGUAAUCUAUCAUUAAUUGAAGAUGAUUUAACCUUAUUUUACCAUUCUACUUCUCAUAGCGAAUUCCACACGAGGAAUGAGCUAAAACACGUUAGCUGUAAUACCAUAGAUAAGAUAUUGUUCUCAGGGAUGUAGUCAGGACUCAAACGAAGAACCUUUAAAAUUAUCGUAAAAAACCCAGAUCAGAAUUGAUAUUUAUAACAGCUGUAUAAACGCUGGAUAGCGCUAUCCAGCAUUCAUAACAACUGGCCCCAUAUUUUCUUAUAUUUUAACCUGCGAGCAGAGCCUGUUUGCAGGCUAACCUCCUAUCGGCUCCAUGAUCGGCUCCAUUGAUCGGUUAUCGGUGAUUGCCUUUCAGCUAUUACCCAACGGUUCCGAUUUCAUGCUGAAACCUGACUAUAUUUCUGUUUAGUUACAUGCUAUAGUAUGUGUGCGUGUGAAAAUCUUAGAUAACAAACUGUUGUAAGCAAAAUUGUGCAGGAUAAAUCCACUGACUUACCAAUAA